UCGCCCACUGCUCCCCGGAUAGCAGCCCUUCUUUCCUUGACACCUUGAUCCACGUGCUUGGACGGUGACCAACGAGCCGCAACGCUCACGCGGAAACCCUACGCUCCUUUGGCCUCGAUCCCGCGCCGGAAGCUCCCCACCAAGCUCCCACUACAUUCGAAUAACGUCUAUUCCUUGGACCCAUUACCAUUCACGAUUCUUACGACAAUUCUUAGACUGAGGUGACGCAGUUCGACAACAACUGCACCCUCCACCCCGCCGGCCGCCGCAGGAAUCAGACUCGUGUUCCGGUCUACUUUCAGACUAUUUUCACCAUGCAGGCAACCGAAGAUACCAUGUUGUCCGCAACUCCAUCCCCCUCCGCCUCAGGGGCUACUCCCACCCACAGCUCUGCGCCCCGCCGGCCACCACGCAAGAGCACCCUCACCCAGCAGCAAAAGAAUCAGAAGAGACAGAGGGCCACUCAGGACCAACUGGUCACUUUGGAAGUCGAGUUCAACAAGAACCCCACGCCAACGGCUGCUGUGCGCGAGAGGAUAGCUAACGAAAUCAACAUGACCGAGCGAUCGGUGCAAAUCUGGUUCCAAAACAGGCGCGCUAAAAUAAAGAACAUUGCAAAGAAAAGCAUCGAAAACGGGGACGACUGCAACGACAUCCCAGAGUCGAUGCGACGGUACCUCGCGUUGCAGGCCAUGGAGUCCGGCAAAUCAUUGGGAAGAGAUUUCCUUGGUCGCAAUGGUGGAUCAAUGGCCGCGUAUGGAAGCGGCAUGCUACUGAACACUGAUACCAGCUCUUCCAAAGUCGUCAUCCACCACUUCGCGUGUCGUUCUUUGAGCAUUGGCACGUGGCGUCGUGUCGGCCAGAGUGCGAUGGAUCUUGUUAUUUUUUAUUCGCCAGAGAAGUGCUGCGUUACCUAUUACAUCAACAAUGACUCAGCAGGCUACAAGAUCGAGUACCCCUUCUCGUACAUCAAAAACAUAACCUUGGAAAAUGGCGAUAUGACGGCCAGCGCCGAGGGUGCCUCGCAACGCCCCGGUGGCCUCAUUGUGGAGCUCAACCGUCCGCCCAACUUCUUCAUGGACUCUUCAGGAUCAGGAGGAUUCUUCCAGUGCGGCGAUUUCACGGAGGAGCAACAGGCCUCACAGAUCCUAACUCACCACCUAGGCGGCCACCCAAAGGUGUUGAGCGGACAGUUGGCGAAACUCGUCUCGCUGGAAUCGUUUCAGAACCGACACAACCUCUAUGACCAGAAUGCCCUCGCCGUCUCGGCGCCCGUGUCGCCUAUCAAUCAUCGCCCAGCCUCCCAACCCAAUCACCUCGCACACCCCCACAUGGGUAUGUUUCAAGAGGGUCCUUUCGGGCCUGGUGGUCUGCACGCCCGUGGUCACAAACGCCAACGCAGUCGGUCUGUUCCUGUCGCGGUUGACUUCUCGAUGCUCCGCAACCCGAUGCCGUCCUUCCUCAUCCAACCAGAACCGUCACCCUACAUUCCGAACCCUGAAAUCUUUGCGCCUGUCCCACAGAGUGCUCCAGGACCCAUUGGACCGAACCUCAGCAUUGACACCUCGGCAGGGUACGGAAUGGAUUACCGACAGUACCCUAUGUCGGCCACAACCGCGAAUUCGCCAUCGGAGUACGGCACGCCAGCCUUCUUUACCUCUGGGCCACCAACCGACAGUGUUCCUGCGUCAAAUUUCGGCCAGCAUUACAACAUUCCUCCUUACCUUCACACACCAAUGGGACCACCUCACUCGGCUCACUCUGCCGCAUCAGCCUCUCCCAUGCCUUCCAUGGUGCACACUGACCCGGUCAUCGCGAACCAAUCUCCGCCUCUAACUUCGUUCGGUCGUGAUGGUUCUGCAGACGUGUACCCAAUGUCACACGAGAAUCCAGACGAGGCGCUGCAGUUGUCGGAUCUUUACGCGAAACAGACGCUCAACCUUCCGUUCCGGUCUCCAUUAGAAGAGAAUGUCGACGACUUGGAUAUGCAGAACCUGGUGUCAUUCGGCACGAUUGAUCCAGCGAGCUUAUCCCCAGAGAACCACCAGAUGUAGCAAUAAAUGCACCCUGAAAAGUUCUGUUCGUCGUUUGAUUUACUCAACCUAAUACCCGCCACCGUACAUGCAGGUAGGGGGAACGUGGAGCGCAAGUUUUCACCUUGAAACAGGUUUGAAAUUUGCAGCCCUCGUUUCUGUUCGCCUCAUCCGAUACCUAAUAUGUUCUCAUCUCUCGUCUACAUAUGGCCGCCUCAGAAAUCUCGAAAUACGCAGUCCUCCCAUCCGAUUUGUUUUCCAUUUAUUCCGAUUCCAUUGUUUCCUCUCCCAUGAGUACUUAAUUCGACACAGCCC